CAACACUCUUUUUCAUCAUGAAUUGAGAGCAUCCCACACAAGCUUCGAUCCAUGAUGGCAUUCAAAGGGAGAGUGAGACUCUGGAUUCUAGCUUUAGCUCUUCUUAACGUCUCCCUAUUCUCUAAAAUCAACGGAAUUUACGCCGACGAUGAUGAAGGGGCCGGAUUUGGGGGUGCUGGCGCCGGUUCCGGAGUUGGUGGGGCUGGGUUUGGGGGAGCUGGCGCCGGUUCCGGAGGUGGUGCGGCUGGGUUUGGGGGAGCCGCCGGAGCUGGAGUUGGUGGACGCAGUGGAGCUGGGUUUGGAGGUGGUGGGGCUGGGUUUGGCGGCGGCGGCGGCGGCGGCGGCGCUGGUGGUGGAGUAGGUGACCCUGGGAAAAUAGCCUCCGAAGCCUUGCUGUGUUUCAAUGAUAAAUACAUAUAUAGUAGGUGUGAAGAAUCAUGGAGAUUGAACGAGAAAGGGUACCUGAACGUGCCACCGGAGAAGACAGAAGAGUUCUGUGAAGGGCCAUGCGCGUCGGAGACAAGCUUGGUCCUGCACUGCAUCCAAAAAAUAUUCAGUGACUUCUUGUUCGCCAACAAGGCGACCAUAAACGACGUGGAGGCAACUGUCAAAGCAGGAUGUGGGUAUGGCCCUGAAAGAGGAGACUUCAAUGUGGUCGAGCACAUUCAGAAUUAUGAAGGAAGCAGCGGACGCAGGGCCUCCACUGUUCAAGUUAUAAUACUAAUAUGGGUGAUUUGCUUCAUCAUCAUGGUGCUCAACUGCUGAUACACUUGUCAAUUAGUUUGCCAGAGAGCUUGUUAAUUAAUUUGGUCAUUUGGUGUGUGCUGGCUAUUAUAAUGCAUGAUUCAAUUUUUUUUUAACUUUAAAUCUUGAGAUAUUCUAGUCUAUUAAUAGAAAUUAAAGAGGGUAUUUAUAUACUCA